AUGUCGAUAGUCUUUUUGAGUUUACCUUAUAAGCUUAAAGGUCAUCAGAUCUUAUAGAAUUUUUAGGUUAUUAGAAAUUUACAGGAUACUGGAUAAUGUUAAACAAAUCAAUUUUUGAACAAUGACGUAUGCGAAGGUGAAUAUUCACAAUAUGAUGUAGACUGCCACUAUUCAUGUUGGAAAUGCUCUUCUAGCAGUUCUUCUAGUUGUUUAGAAUGUUUGAGUGAUGGUAAUCGAAUUUUAGAGAAUUUAAUUUGCAAGUGUUAAGGGAAUUAUUAUGACGAGAAUAAUGAGCUAUUUUGCUAGCGUAAAUCUAUUAAGUGAAAUUAGGUUGUCGUUUUCCUUGCCUAAACUGUUAAGGAAAACAGAAUCAAGAUUGUUUAAGCUGCAAAAACUCGAUGAUUUUAUUUGAAAAUGAAUGCAAAUGCGGAGAACAUUAAUUUUUUAAUUAUGUUAAUUACUAAUGUGAAGGUUUAAAAUACAAUAUUUUUAAUAGAUUGCCAUCCUACUUGCUCAUAAUGUAAUGGAUCUUUGAAUUCAAAUUGCGUGAAAUGCAACCAAGAAUAGUAUACUCUUUUACAAUCUAACAUUUGUAUAUGUAAGGAUGGAUACUACAAAUCAAGCGUUGAUAAUAAUUGUCAUUGUAAAAUUAAUCGAUUAAAUAAGAAUGCCAUGUAAAUUGUAAAACAUGUUCUGGACCAGCCAAUAAUGAAUGUUUGAGCUGUAACGAUAAUAAAACUGGAAGUUCGUGCCACUGUCCAUACGGAUAUUAUUUACCUUAAUUGGUUCCAUAAGCUUCAGUAUGCUUUUGUAAGGAUAAUGAAAAUAAUUUAAGAAUGUCAUCCUACAUGUUAGACUUGCAGUAAUUCGGGAGAGUUUAAUUGUUUAACUUGUUACGAAUUUGCAUAAUUGUAACCUGACUCUAAUAUGUGCCUAUGCGAGGGAGGAUUUGUUUGGAAUGGCGAUUCAUGUAGUAUAUGUGAUGGUGGAUGUACAGAUUAGUGUAUAUUCGACCCUUAUAAUUGCUGCGCAGCACCAUGUGUUUGUAUGAAUUCAAUAAUAGAUAAGAAUGUUUCAACCCUAAUUGUUCAACUUGUGAUGCUACAUAGGCAUGUACAAAUUGUUAAGAAGGAAAGACAGGUGCAAAUUGUAACUUGUAAUGCGAUCCUAAUUGUAAAGGAUGUGAUCAAUCCAACAAAGCUUUGUGCACUUCUUGUAAUAGCCCUUUUGUAGUGGUUGGUGGAAUUUGUACCUGUCCUGCUGGAUAAGAAUUAUCAGGAUCUACAUGUGUGAGUGGCCCUACUUGUCCAGAUGGAUUAUAUGGAGCAGGUUGUUCAUUAGUUUGUGAUCCAAGUUGUAGAAGAUGUUAUGGACCAAAUAGUAAUUAAUGCAAUCGAUGCAAAAAUAAUGCUUAUGUUGGUGCAACUUAGUGUAUGUGUUAUUUAGGAUAUUAUUUUGAUGCAACUUACAAUUGUUUUCCAUGCAAUUAUACCUGUCGAUAAUGUACAGGCAGUAGUACAAAUUGUACAGAUUGUCUGUACCUCCAUAGAACUUUAAAUGGAUCUAAUUAAUGUGCUUGUGAUAGUGGGUACUUUGAUUUUGGAAUCCCUGUUUGUUAACCAACUAAUAUUGCUUGUGGAUUACACUGUGGAAAUUGUUAAUAUAUAUCAUCCUCAUAUCAGUGUUUAGCCUGUGCUUUAUCAAGUACUUAUAGAUUGAACGAUUUGGCUAACUAGUGUCCUUGUUAAGAUGGAUAUUUCGAUAAUGGCACUAUGAUCUGCGAAAGUAUCUAUUAAAUAAAUAAAUUCUUAGAAUGUAAUUAUAAAUGUUCUAAAUGUGCUACUGCAGCUUCUUGUACAGUCUGUGCUAGUAACAGGGAUUCAUCAAAUGAUUGUAAUUGUUUGAGUGGCUAUGAUGAGUAAAGUCAAAUUUGUGUAUUAAUAUCAGCAACGGCUAAUUAAGUUGUAAUAGAUUAUAAUGCUCUUAUCAUGAAAACAUAUACGGCAGAAGUUUGCAAUCUAACUAACUUUGCCAAUAAGGUCACUUGCUAAUGUUUAGGUGGUUAUUUCAUGAAGAAUUCUAAAUGUUUACGUAAACAAUUAUUUUAUAUACUUGUAGCAUGUCAUAGAAAAUGCAAGACUUGUUCAAUCAUUUCAACUAAUUGCAUUGAAUGUUCUACUAAUUACAUCAAUCCUCCAACCUGUUCUUGUGUUAAUGGAUUUUAACUUAUUGAUCAGGCGUGUGUAUCUUGCAAUUAAAAAUGUGCCCUCUGUUCUAAUAAUCAAUGUUCUACUUGCAUAUCUCCUUUGGUUAUGGAUACUGAUAACACUUGUCAAUGUAAUACUGGAUAUUACUUUGAUCAAUCCACCAAUUAGUGUAGUAAUUGUCAAACACAAUGCUAUCAAUGCAAAUAUCAAGCAGACUAUUGCACUAAAUGUAAUUUCAAUAGAAUCCUUCCUUUUAAGUGUGUCUGUCCAGAAGGUACCUAUGAAGUAUCUUUAUCACUUCCAUGUUAAAAUUGUUCAAAACGCUGUUUUACUUGUGAAACUAAUGCUUCCACUUGCAUUUAAUGUGCCACCCUUCGAAUCAAUUCACCUAGUUGCAUUUGUCCAGAUGGCUACUUCGAAAGUUCCAAUUUAGAUUGCCUAAAAUGUCAUAAGAAAUGCUAGACUUGUGAACUAAGUGCUACGAAUUGUCUUUAAUGUUCAACUAAUAGAUCCUCCAGUUAAUGCUAGUGCAUUGAUGGCUAUUAUGAGAAUAAUAAUGAAGUCUGUAUUAAAUGUCAUGUUAAAUGUAAAACAUGUAAUGGAUCUAGUGAAAAUGAUUGUCUGACUUGCGAUUUAACUAGAAAUUUUAUUCAAUCAACUACCUAAUGCAAUUGUAAAAAAGGAUAUUAUUAUGAAAAUAACACAUGCAAUGCUUGUAUUUAAGAAGUUGUAGAGUGCCAAACCAAUUACUGUGGUGAUGGUAUAAAAUAACCCUAUGAGCAAUGUGAUGAUUGGAAUAAGAUAAAUAGAGAUGGCUGUAAUUCUUAAUGUAAAGUUGAAGAAGGCUAUCAAUGUACAUUAAUUUAAAAUCUUAAAUUAAGUCCACUUAUAUACUAUUCAUAAUGUAUUCAAUGUGCAGACGUUAAUUGUAAAUCAUGUCCAAAUGUUUAAUUAUGCUUUUAAUGUAGAUCAGGAUACUUCUUAGAUGAAAAUUAAUGCUCUCCUUGCGAGUAAUUUUAUUAAUAUUUAUUUUGAUAGUCUUCAUUGUAAGGAAUGUUCAGGACCCUCUAAAAAAUAAUGCAAGUCCUGUUUAUUCGAUAUAUUUUCAACGGAAGAUUGCUAAUUAUGUGAGGAUACUCAAGGCUUGUAUCUCGAAUUUGGUAAUUGCGUUUCAAAAUGUGGAGAUGGUAUAAUACGAUUAACAGAGCAAUGUGAUGAUGGAAACACUAUUGAUGGAGACGGUUGUUCAUCCACUUGCAAACUUGAACAACAUUGGGUUUGUAGUUCUAAUAAUAACACCUAAAGCAAAUGUGAUAUUGCUAAUCUCCCUAUUGCAACCAUCACCUUCUAGAAUCCAAGUAGUAUUUAUCAAUCCAAUAUAUAUGGAGUAAUUGCAAUUAAUAAAGUUAUGCAAAUUGAUUAGAUUAAAGCCUAAUAACUUUGGAUACAAGAAAUUAAGGGUAUGAAUUAAACGAAUUACUUCAUUGAAUUUGGAUAUGAUAUUAAUUACGACUAAUCUACAUCUCAAAUUACUUUAAAUAUUAAUUUGUAUGAAUCAUAAUAGAACAUGAUUUAUUAAAUCACUUUUACUAAUUAUUUACCUUUUGAUUCAGAGGGACAGCAAUUGUCAACUCAAUUUUUGGAGUACUAACUUGGAGAUUUCUAUAAAGUGUCUGAAUUGCAAUCGACUACAGCAGCAGCAUCAAAGAAAGUCGGUUUAUUUUUCUUGGCUACGUUAGGAGGAGCGGCUAUUAUUGGAUUGCUGAUGCAGAGUCUUGAGUUCUAUUGGAAUACAUUGGACAUGCUCCAAUUAUUUUCAUAUUUAUCCUACAUCAAUGUUAGGUUUCCAUAUUUACAUCUUGAAUUUUUGGCCAUAUUUAAAUUUGUUGAAAUGGAUUUUCUAAAUGAUUUGAUGCCUUUGACUUUUAUUUAAAUUGGAGAGAAUGAGAAUUAUCACAAUUACCCAUUAUUGGUUGAACGAGAUGUUAAGGAGAAUCUACUGUUAAAUCUGAGUUCCAUUUUUGUGACUUAUGGUUUGCCAUUUCUAAUUUAUUUUGGAUGUAGACUUAUAACAAAAUUAAAUAAUAAAUACGUAUUUGAUUAAAUUUUGAUAUCCGAUUCAAGAAGUUUGGGUCCUUGUUCAAUAAAAUUGUAUACUUAUUAAAUUUUAUACUACAUGAAUAAGACUGCAAGUAUAUAUGAACAAAGUUUUUUCUUCUAAAUCCUUUUAAGAGUGCACUUGUCUAGUUUACUAGAUUUAAAUUUUGCUAUAUUUACAACAGUAUAUUGCUGGACAUAACAUUAAGAAACUACUCUUAAUGAUACUUUGUAAUAUCUAUUCGCCAAUUUGAUGAUCUUGGUUUAAUUAGUGAUAAUCAUUAUAUUGAGUGAUUCGAUGCUGGUUAAAAAGUAUCAAUUUGAAUCCUUGUAAUAUAAACUAAAGUACGGAUCUUUGUUUGAGGGAUUUCAGAUUUUUGGCAUUCACAAUCGAUAGGCUGCUCUUCUUCAACCCUUUAAGAAGAUCCUUUUCAUGGCUUCGCUGUUGGUGUUUUUCAACAAUGCUCUAUAUUAAAUUGGUCUAUUGACAUCACUUCAAAUGAUAUCUGCCAUUAUUUCAAUAGUACUCCAACCCAGUGAAAACACUUUAGAAACAACAAAAGCCAUUAUUCAAGAUUUUGGAAUGUUGAUCUCUCUUAAUUUCAUCCUCGUCUACUACGUUCAAGAUAACUUCAACUACUUCUCGUAAGAUACUAUCGAAUGGAUCUCUUACUUUCACAUCGGAGUGUAUAUUCUUAUGUUGAGCACACAAGUGGUUAUCGAUUGUUACAUGCAAAUAAAGUUCCUUUUUAAGAAAUACCCAAAAUUAAAGUAAUGCUCAUCCAAAAAGGAAGUAGCAUCUGUAACUUCAGGUAACACAAACUACUAUCUAAGAUAAUAAUUUAUUGUAAUCUAACCUAUUUAAAGACCCAUUAAGUUUAGAGAAUGA